AUGACUGAUGUUGAAGAAACGAUUAAAAGAAUUCAGUCCCAAAAGGGUGUUGUAGGCGUCAUUAUUAUGGACUCCAUCGGUCGUGCAAUACGGUCUACUAUGGAUGAGGAAACAACAUCGCAACAUUGUUUACAGCUGCAACAACUUUGCGACAAGUCCAAAAACGUCAUAAAUGAGUUGGAUCCGUCUAAUGCUCUUACAUUUCUACGCCUAAGGACAAAAAAGAACGAGAUUAUGGUUGCUCCAGAUAGAGACUAUUUGUUAGCGAAAAGAAUAGAAGUGGGGACAAUGUCUUGGUUAUUUGGCAUGAACAGACAGCAACCUGUGAUCCCUCCAGACUUCAGUGCUCAGUCCGGUCCGUCUGAGAAUGGUCAAGGCGGCGGAAGUAGUGAUCCGAGUGAAAAGAAGAAAAAUGAGGAGAUUGGACGUCGCAUGGCGUACUCGUUCGACUCAUCUGCCCUAGAAAGAGCAGCGAAAGCUGCUCGUGAAUUAGAGAGGUUUCCAAAUGCUAAAGAGGCUUUGGAACUUUCACGACUACAGGAGCUGACGAGGCAGAAAGAGUUUGAACAACUAGAAGCUCAAAUUCAAGCAAUGAAGAGUGAUCAGGUCCGAGUAGCUGAAGAAGAAAGGAGAAAGUCUUUGGUAGAAGAGUCAAAACAUGCAAGAAUGAGAGCAGAUUAUCAAGACCAACUAGCUAGAAAACGACAGGAAGAGGAGUUAGCUUCAAAAGCUCGAAUGCAAGAAGAAAUGUUGAAGAAACAAGAAGAAAGUGUGAAAAAACAAGAGGCUUUAAGAAAAGCAACUAUUGAACACGAACUAGCUGUAAAACACAAAUAUGAUUUGGAGAAGAUUGAAGCCGAAACAAAAGCAAAGGCAAAAGCAGCACGAGAAAAUCGUGAUGUUAACCUAGAACAACUGCGCGCUAGUGAAGAAGAACGAAGGAAAACAGUUGUUGAGCAGAUUAAGACUAGUGGAGCAGUAAUUGGUGCUGGUUUGGAAGAAUUUUUAAGCGAUAGGAAAAAAAUCAUAACUGCGGUUAGUAGUUUGACAGCAUUAGCUGUCGGAUGGUACGUAGCCAAACGUGGGACGAAUGUUGCAGCACGAUAUAUUAGUGCAAGAUUGGGUAAACCCAGUCUUGUUAGGGAUACGUCACGUAUUACUCCUUUAGAAACUUUAAAACAUCCUGUGAAGACUUGUAGGCUAUUGAUUAGACGGCCUGGAGAUCCUUUGGAGGGUGUUGUAUUAAGUCCUGCUCUUGAAGCCCGUGUACGAGAUUUAGCGAUCACUACCAAAAAUACUAAGCGGAAUUACGGUUUGUUCAGGAAUGUUUUGUUUUAUGGUCCGCCAGGAACUGGCAAAACUCUUUUUGCAAAAAGUUUAGCCCGACAUUCGGGAUUAGAUUAUGCUAUUAUGACUGGAGGAGAUGUGGCCCCCAUGGGUCGUGAUGGUGUAUCUGCUAUGCAUAAGGUCUUUGAUUGGGCAGAAAGCUCUCGCAAAGGGCUUGUGCUAUUCAUCGAUGAAGCAGAUGCCUUUUUGCGUAAACGUGCUACAGAGCAGAUUGGUGAGGAUAUGCGUGCAACUUUGAAUGCAUUUCUUUAUAGGACUGGUGAACAGUCAAGAAAGUUUAUGUUGGUUGUUGCAUCAAAUCAGCCGGAGCAGUUCGACUGGGCAGUCAAUGACCGUCCGUUGGAAAGGGAACGUAUUUUGUUGCAGUACUUUAAGCAAUUUAUUGCAGAGCCUGCUACUUCAGGUUCAAGAAAACAAAGAUUGAAAUUGGCAGAUUUUGAUUGGGUAGCCAAAUGCCAUGAAAUUGCUGAGAAAACGGACGGUAUGAGCGGUCGAGAACUUUCAAAACUUGUUUUGGGUUGGCAGGCAUCAGCUUACGCUGCUGAAGAUGGUGUGCUUAACACUGCAAUGAUUGAUCGAAAUACAAAUGAGGCGAUAGUUCAGCACAAACGUAAAAUGAUGUGGUUAGAUGAGGAACAAAAAUUGAUCCGAGAAAAAGGACACCAAGUAAGCAUUUUACUCCAACAGUUUUAA